AUGCAUCAUCCUGGGGAUGGCUUCUAUGUCGUGAUCACAGGUGCUAACAGUGGCUUAGGCCUUGGAAUCGGCUGCCGCCUCAUCGACGAAUUUCUUCAAACCCGCCCACUUUCCGAAUCUCUCGUCCUCAUCAUUACCACCCGCGAUAGACGGAAGGGGGAUGCGACCAUUGUACAGUUGAAGAAACAUCUUGCGGAAGCAUGUCGGAGGUCUGAGAAGACGUUACCGCGCAGCUCACCCCUGAAUGAGCGACGCGUCCAGUUCAGAAACGAAAUAUUGGAUCUGACAAGCCUGAUAUCAGUACAAGAGCUCUCCAAGCGGCUACGUGACACUACGCCAAAACUCGACGUGGUGAUAUGUAAUGCGGGCAUUGGGGGCUGGGAGGAUAUGUACUGGGGCAGGGCAGUGUGGUCGAUCCUGACGGACUGGAGGAACGCUGUCACUUGGCCCACAUUCAAGAAAUCACGCGUUGGAUGGCUCACGAAGCCACAAAUCCCGAAUUCUGAGCAAGGAAAGAAGGUAGAAGAGCCAGCUUUGGGACGGGUCUUCUGCGCCAAUCUCUUCGGUCACUAUCUUCUCGGUCAUUACCUUGGUCCCCUCCUAGAGCGGCGCAACGCCAGCAGUUCAACAAGAGGCAGGCUCAUCUGGGUCAGCAGUGUGGAGGCCUACGCCCAUACCUUCGACAUCAACGAUAUGCAAGGACUAGCGUCCACCGCGCCGUACGAAUCUACCAAACGCCAAACCGAUCUCAUGGGCAUCACGUCUGUGCUGCCUAGCACCGCCCCCCUCGUCAACCAAUACCUCGACCGCCCCAAAGAUGCAGAUGAUUUCACGAAACCACGCAUCUAUGUAGCCCACCCGGGUAUCUGCGGCACCGGCAUUUUCCCCAUGAACUUCGUCUUCGACUUCCUCAUGCUCUUCGCCUUCUACAUGGCGCGCUGGAUGGGCAGUCCAUGGCACCCCGUCACGGCGUACAAAGGCGCAGUCGCCAUGGUCUGGCUCGCGCUCGCGAAGCAGAGCCUCCUGGACACCAUGGAGGCGCAAGAGGGCGUGGGAAAGUGGGGCAGUGCGACGGAUUGGUGGGGGCGCGAGCGGGUGGAGCGCACGGAGGUAGAAGGGUGGGGGUGGGGAGGGAAGCUGGGGGAAUCGACGAGGAGGAAGGGAAGGAGUCCGUACGCGAAGGCGUUGACGGAGGAGAGUAGGCGCGAGUUUGUGGAGACGGGGAGGAAGUGCUGGGAGGAGAUGGAGAGGUUGAGGGUGGAGUGGGAGGGUAAGCUUGAACAGGCCGGUGUGGGGGUCAGAAUGGAGUGA